AUGGCUGAAGGCAUCGACUUGGUCUCGGCCAUGAUCACCAGAUACGCGGUGGUGGAGAGCUUGUACUUGCUUGAAGACUCUUCGCUGAGAGGACAACUCACCGAUAGUAUAACCAAGCUCUACGUGGCGAUUCUGAAGUAUCUAGGCAUCGCAAAUGCCUACUACAACAAAAGCACUGCGAGUGAGUGA